AAGAGAUGGCCACCAUGCAGCCCUGGAGCCGGGUCAGGGUGGCCAAAUGCCAGAUGCUGGUCACCAGCUUCUUUGUCUUGCUCCUGGGCCUGUCUGUGGCCACAUUGGCGGUUCUCACCUACUUCGGGGCCCACUUUGCUAUCAUCGGCCAUGUAUCCUCAGACAGGACCCCCUAUGAGGCCAUGCACCGCUGGGCCUUCUACAUUGGCAUCAGCCUGGCCGGGCUCCUAACCCUGGGUGCCGUCCUGGGCGCUGCAGCCACAGUGAGGGAGGCCGGGGGCCUCAUGGCUGGGGGUUUCCUGUGCUUUGCCCUGGUGUUCAGUGCCCUGGUGCAGGUGGCCUUCUGGAGAUUCCACAACCCCACCCAGGUGGAGGAUGCUUUUCUGGACACCUACGACCUGGUGUAUGACCGGGCGGUGAAGAACUUGUCCGGAACCCCGCGGCAGCAGCUGGUGGCCAUUCAGGACAUGUUCCUGUGCUGUGGCAAGAGCUCUCCUUUCAGCCUCCUGGGGGACGCGGAGGCCGGUCUGUGUCAGGGAGAGCAGGCAGCCAGACAGGACUGCCUGGUGGGGAUCAGGAGCUUCCUGAGGACGCACAGAAACAUCGCCUCCACCCUGACCGGCAUCGGCCUCGCCGCCAUGGUGUACGCGAUGCUGCUCAGCUCCUUUCUCUGGUUCGCCAUUCGCUCUGGCAGCAGCCUGGACCGCAAGGGCAAAUACACCCUGAGCCGGAGAGUGCCCAGCUGCCAGCCCCAGGAGCCCAGCUUCUUCAGACGCUCCCAAGGGAGCCCCAAGCUUCAGUCCCCGACUGACGCAGAUGUUUUCCACGGCCGCCCGGGUGCAAGUGGACCCUCGGGGGGCCCUCGGCUGCUCUAGGACGACUGACACGUUUGAACCGCCCGUCCCACCACCUGAGUGCUCACAGAGGCUCAGUCGGCUCAACCGCGAGCCUUACAAGGACAAUGUGAGGUGUUUUCUGCCACGUGGCGGAGGGACGGGGGAGGAGGAGGCCAGGCUGUUGGCGGAACACCGAGGGCCCCUCCUUGAUGGCCAUCAGUGGGGACGGUCCUCUGUUCCCUAAGACCACAUCCUUUGCAUGAGAGGACUUCACCUGCAAGGCAGAGAGGGCACGCCCGUCCUUCCAACCGCCCCUUCCGUCUGGCGGGUGAGCGCUUUGCUUUCAAGGGUCCCUGUGGCUGCAUGAGGUCCACUGGGAACCUCCAUCUCUCAGGCAGCAAUCUCACACUUCCAGGGACACUGUGCUCACAGGUGCAGGGCCCGAGGCAGGACCUGCAGUGUGAGUGCGGGAGGACACUGUAGAAAUCCAGUAGCCAGGCGCUCCCCCUGGACACCCGAACCCCCUCUCUGAUAAGUGCUCCUACUGUCCCUGAGGCUAUGCACCCUCUGCUAAAAAUUCCAAGCCCCCAGCAGGACGAACAAAGGGGGGGUCCCCCCAAAACAGAAGGACCAUUCUGGCACAGACAGCCAAAAAAUUGACAAUGUAACAAAUACCCACCCCAGUCCUCCCCUUGUGUUUCCAAUCACACGCGUGCACGCACACGCACACCUCCGAGAGCAAGCAUGUUGGUGCGCCUAAUGGAGCAGCAAAAGUAGGGCACAGGGGGCAGCAGCAGACCUUGUCCCCCCGACGAGGAUGCCCCGAGUCUCGUGGGUCCUGCGGUGGGGGACAGUCGGUCUCUGGCCAUGCGCACCACCCACCCCCGGUCCUGUUCUGCUCAGCUUGCCUUCUACAGCUCGCAAAAUAUAUUUUAAUGAUACCAACCAGCAAAGCUGGCGUCCUCUGCACAACAACGGUGGAGCAAAAGGAAAGAAAAGGGGAUUUGGUGAAAUUCUGUGAACCAGCAACUCGGCGGGGUGGGAGUCUCCAGAUGGUUACUAAGAGAUCGGAGGGAGAAAACAGACAUGGGUGGGACAGGACAAAGGCCCUAAUACAGCACCAUCGAGGCUGGGUGGGCCGAAGGGAUGGACGCCCUGCUACUGACCCGCCGGGACACCAAGGACACCAGCGUGGAGGAAGACGAGCAGCAGGAACAAAGAUCACUGAGAGCAGACCCGGAAGCACCUGGGGCGAUAAUCAGCCGCCUGAUCCAGAUAAAGGUUGACAGAGGGCUGGGGUCCGGGCUCCACCCUCACUGGGGGGCAGAAGAGAAGCCCCCCAGACUCCCUGAUGUGGGCACUGUGGCAGCAAACCCACGGCCAAGCCUGACCCGCCGCCACUGGACCCGGAGAAGGCCACGCGCACAUCCACGGCCAAGUCUGACCCGGCCGCCACUGGACCUGGAGAAGGCCACGUGCACGUCCACGGCCAAGC